UAACCCGUCGGCCUUUUACGUUUACUACACCGUAGAAGCACACAGCUGCUCUUAUACAAGGACAGAUGCGCAUGAUGUUGAUGUUGUUUAUACCUGUUGUGAGAAGCGCUUUGAAAGUGCGGUUCAACGAUGGUCGAGUAACUGACCUCACAUUUUCCCUCUGAUUUCGCGCCCCACCUCUUUCACACACAGCAUUAAUAGGCCAGUUCUCCUCCUGACCUAGUGAGAGACAAGACAACACUGUCAAGAUUUGGACAGAAUGGGAUAUGCACACUGCUGUACCGUGCUCCUUAUAGUAUUCGUUGCGCUACAGCAAUCUGCUGGAUUUUGGCUCUUCGAUGUGGUGUUCCCACCAAGUGCCAAACCGCAAAACAAAGUGGCAAACAAUAGCACUCCGCCGGUUCUUAUAGUACCUGGAAACCUAGGAAACCAGCUUGAGGCCAAGAUUGACAAGCCAAGCCUUGUGCAUUGGAUGUGCUACAAAAAGACAGAUGACUUUUUCACACUUUGGAUUGACCUGAAUAUGUUCAUGCCAAUUGGGAUUGACUGUUGGAUCGAUAAUAUAAGAAUUGUAUACAAUAGGACAACUCGCAAGACCUCCAAUUCUGCAGGGGUGACGGUGAGAGUGCCUGGUUUUGGACAGACAUAUUCUGUUGAGUUCUUGGACACAAACAAGUUGUCAGGUUAUUUUCACACUAUGGUUACACAUUUGGUCAACAUGGGAUAUGUCCGUAAUGAGACUGUCCGAGCAGCACCAUACGACUGGAGGGUAGCUCCAAACGAGCAGGAGGAAUACUUUGCACGGCUGAAGAAGCUGAUUGAGGAUAUGUACGAGCAGUAUCAACAACCACUUUACCUCUUGGGACACAGCAUGGGAAGCAAUUAUGUCCUCUACUUCUUAUAUCAGCAGACCCAGACUUGGAAAGACCAAUACAUCAAAGGCUUCAUUUCACUUGGAGCACCCUGGGGUGGGGCAGUCAAGCCUAUUCGAGUGCUAGCAUCAGGUGAAAAUGAUGGCAUCCCUAUGGUAUCUAACAUCAAGAUCCGGGAGGAGCAACGCAUGACCACAACAAACCCCUGGAUGCUUCCAUUUGAAGAGGUAUGGCCUGCAGACCACGCCUUCAUCUCCACACCCUCAUUCAACUAUACCCACCAGGACUACCAGCGCUUCUUCAAAGACAUCGACUUUGAGGAUGGCUGGUUCAUGUGGGAAGACACCAGAAACCUGACAGCUGGUCUGCCCCCUCCUGGUGUUGAGGUAUACUGCUUCUAUGGUGUGGGGCUGCCCACACCGGUUACCUAUAUUUAUGACGACCAGUUCCCAAAUGUAGACCCUAUAGACUAUGUGUAUGCUGAUGGGGAUGAUACAGUGGACAGUCUUAGCAUGGGUUUAUGUAAGCGUUGGAUAGGAAAGCAAGCACAGCCUGUCCAUGUCAAGGAGUUCAGGGCCAUGCCCCACUUAGAAAUAGUAUUCAAUAGCAAGGUAAUCAACGUAGUCAGGAGUAUCCUGGAGGGAAGAUAUGGGGAAGAAGAGGGUUCUACAUUCCAUGAGACUGAUGAACGUCCCAUUGACUCCGCAGUCAUGCAAGAUCAAGUCCAGGCGGACCAGGCUCCCAAAUCUACACUGUAAGCUUUUGGGGAGAAAAUAAUUCACUCUCCCAAUGUACAUACUAUUACUGAUGCAGUAGCUACUGAGUUGGACUUAUACACUGAGUGUACAAAACAUUAAGAAUACCUGCUCUUUUCAUGACAUAGACUGACCAGGGGAAUCCAGGUGAAAGCUAUGAUCCCUUAUUGAUGUCACUUGUUAAAUCCACUUCAAUCAGUGUAGAUGAAUGGGAGGAGACGGGUUAAAGAAGGAUUUUUAAGCCUGGAGACAAUUGAGACAUGGAUUGUGUAUGUGUGCAACUCAAAUUUAGGAGGUGUUCCUAAUGUUUGGUAUACUCAGUGUAUAUGUACACACAUCCUAACUAGUGUUACUAUUGAGAUGUGAUAUAGUAUGCAUAUGCCUCUUGUUUCAUUAUGCUUAUCAUCUUUUCCUCUUAGCAUGAUAGGAAAUAAAAAAAUAUAUAUAUGUAUUUGGUCCGUGUACGUUUCCUUAUUUAGAUUUUCGAGUCAAAACAGUAGAAAAACAGAAAACAGCUAUUUUUUAUUUUUGAAUUAGAAAAACUAAAAUCAUACAUCGACUUGUUUUCCCAUCUAUUGUGUCAAAAUUGUACAUGGAAUAAUGGCAAACAAAUAACAACAAAUUGUAUUAAAUGUUUAGAUUCUUUUUUUUUCAUACACGGAAGUACACGCCCCCUCAUAGAAUAUUCACAGGGUUGGGGAGGGGGGUGGGAUUUAACAGCCUAUGUUGACAGCUAAAAGAAAGGAUUAGACUGUGAAAAAGAAGAUAAAAAAUACUAAUGUUAGCUAAGAUGAAGAACUUAUUAUGAAGUUAGCAUGCCAUUGGCACAAACUUAAUAACAACUGAACAAAGUUGGCUUGCACUAGCUGGCUAUCUUGCACUAGCUGACUAUCUUGCACUAGUUGGCUAGCUAGCACUAGCCCUACCUGGUUACUGGAUAUAGUCAUGCUAGAUAGUAGUAGCUAGUGGAAGUAAGUUGGUCCCUUCACUUGCAACAAGAUGAAGCUGUCCAGUUAGAGCUAACUGCUGCUGAAAUGUCAGAUUUCUCCAAUACUUUCUGUAGCUAGCUCUUCUGUUGGCUAAUAGUCAAUAAACAGUAAGUAAUGAUGAACAGCAGUUACUGUAAAUGGUUACCUUAUCUGGCACAUUGCAUAGCCAAUUUAGCUAUUGCUAAAUGUGCAAAUAGUUAAAGUUCAAAAGGGAAAAUAAAUAAAUAUGGGUUGUAUUUUACAAUGGUGUUGUACUUCACGGGUCGCCCUUUUCUCGUGGCAACAGGUCACAAAUCUUGCUGCUGUGAUGGCACACUGCGGUACUUCACCCAGUAGAUAUGGGAGUUUAUCAAAAUUGGAUGUGUGUAAUCUGAGGGAAAUAUGUGUCUCUAAUAUGGUCAUGCAUUUGGCAGGAGGUUAGGAAGUGCAGCUCACUUUCCAACUCAUUUUGUGGGACGUGUGCACAUAGCCUGUCUUCUCUUGAGAGCCAGACUACAGCGGCCUUUCUCAAUAGCAAGGCUAUGCUCACUGAGUCUGUACAUAGUCAAAGCUUUCCUUAAGUUUGGGUCAGUCACAGUGGUCAGGUAUUCUGCCACGGUGUAUUCUCUGUUAAGGGCCAAAUAGCAUUCUAGCUUGUUCAGUUUUUUUGUUAAUUCUCUAUCUCAAGUUGUUUUGCUGUAGACACCAAUCCCAUGUUGCCAGAACUACUUUAUCCCCUAAUACUAAACUUUGCUCACUCUUAUUAAACUGCCUUUUGAUUAAAUCGGUUUAUUUCAAUGUUUAAAUUUGCUUCAAGUGUGUUUUUUUACUAAAAGUUGACAGAUGGCACUUGUAUGGAGGAAUGUGGGUGGUGGGAGAGAGUGGAUACAUGUUUGUAGAUGGGUUUGUUUGAAGAAACUCCCUCUCCCCCUACAUCCCCUCCUUCUCUUGAUGAGUAGUACAAGUAAAUGUAAUUGCUGCAUUUUACCUGUGAUCCAAAAUCAAAUAAAAUUGAAGACAAAAUGAGA